GCACAGAGGGGGGAAAACGUGACAGAAGCAGAACCAAUGGAUGAUGAGUGAUGGCAAAGCUGCCUCUUCAGAUCUAAAAUUUAAAACCCAGACUUUCUUUUGUGGGGUUUGCUGAUUGCCCUGAAGUUGCAAUCUAAGCUCGUUCCCGUAUUGAUCUAAGGUAAACUCUCUUCAUCUUCAGUGUUGUGUACUGUGUAUCGACUCAGCUUUUAAAGACCAAGUAAACUAUGUUUUAGAUUUUUUGACGGAGCUGUGAGGUGGGUUUGCCUCAAUUUCUGGUAUUUGGCUAGUUUGAAUGAAGACUUGUCAGAUAUUUAAGGGGAAUUCUGGUUUUGCGAGAGAUGUUUGAUUUUGUGAAGUAUUUGCAGUGAAAAAAUUUGAUGAAUUGCAGUUGUUUAGUCUACGGCUUAACUUGUAGUAGUGUCUGAGAUGAUUUCAGAAUUAUUUCUAUGUUGGGUAGACGUGAAUUUUGUGCUAGUACCAUAAAGUCAAUUUGAGGAUUAGGGGUUGUGUGCGUUGCUGUUGUUGAGUAGUAUUUUAGCAAGCGAAUUCUGAAUUCAGGGGGGUUGUGUGAGAUAAUUGUGGAGAGUCCAAUAUGAAUGAUAAAUGUUGGGUGAAUGAAAGGGAAAAGACCAUGAUAGAGUCAAUUUUGGGUACUGAAGCAGGCAACUACUUACUUUCAACUACGAAGAAUGUUUUGUCAGACUUGGUUUCCCCGGCAGGUGCCUUGGGUGUGCAGCCGGGCCUCUGCCAGCUUGCUGAAGGUUCCAAUUGGAACUAUGCCAUUUUUUGGCAGGUCUCAAGCUUAAAAUCUGGUGGGUCUGUUUUAGUUUGGGGCGAUGGGCAUUGCAAGAACCCAAAAGCUGGGUCUGGAAAUGUGAAUUCUUCUGGGCAGGGGAAAUCAGGAGUUGAGACGAAAGAGAAGAUGAAUAAACAGGUUCUUCAGAAGCUGCGUGCGUGCUUUCAUGGUUCCGAUGAGGAUAAUUAUUCAGCUCAAUUGAAUGAGGUUUCUGAUGUUGAGAUGUUGUAUCUAACCUCAAUGUACUUUACAUUUAGAUGUGAUUCAGCAUAUUACCUUGUUGAGUCAUUCAGGUCUGGUAGAGUAAUUUGGGCUUCAGAUAUGGUUCGUUGUCUUAAUCGUUACCAACUGAGGUCGUUUCUUGCUACAUCAGCUGGGCUCCAGACUCUGGUGUUCGUACCUUUGAAAUCUGGAGUUGUGGAACUAGGAUCUGUGAAAUCAAUCCCAGAAGAAAAUGAUAUAAUGGAGAGGGUCAAAACCAUAUUUGGGCUUUCUAACUCUUCUGAGACCAAGGCACUUCCAAAGAUAUUUGGGCAUGAACUAAGUCUUGGUAGUUCUAAGUCAAGAUCAAUUAGUAUUAACUUUUGCCCAAAGGUAGAAGAUGAAGACUUGGUUUUAGAGUCUUAUGAACUACAAGCAGUUGGUGGUAAACAAAUUUUCGGAAGUACUUCGAAUGGUUGUGACAGUAAGAAUAAGGAGGCGAAGCUGUUUCCUAACGCAAGUGCUGAUCAGCCUAAAGAUGACCCGUCACCUCCAAAUGAUGAUCGGAAACCUAGGAAGAGAGGAAGGAAGCCCGCCAAUGGGAGGGAAGAAGCACUGAAUCACGUGGAAGCAGAGCGACAGAGGAGGGAGAAGCUUAACCAGAGAUUCUAUGCAUUAAGAGCUGUUGUCCCUAACAUUUCUAAGAUGGACAAGGCCUCUCUACUUGGUGAUGCCAUUACAUAUAUCACAGAUCUCCAAAGGAAGAUCAUGGUUCUGGAAACAGAGAAGGAGCCGGUGAAAAAUAAGCAAACUUCGUUACCAGUGGCAGAGCUUGAUUUUCAGCCUAGACAGAACGAUGCAGUCGUGAGUGUGAGCUGCCCUGUGGAUUCUCAUCCAGUUUCCCAAGUCAUCAAAACAUUCAAGGAACAUCAAGUCACAGCUCAAGACUCGAACGUGUCGAUAGCAGAGAACAGGGUUAUACACACGUUCUCGAUUAGAACACAAACUGGUGCUGCAGAGCAGUUGAGAGAAAAACUUGUUUCAGCCCUCUCUAUAUGAAUAGAUUGUAUAAGUGUGUCUCUAAAGGUUCAUUUAAAAUGCAUCUCCUUGUAGAAUUGCUACGCUGUUUUCCUGGCUAACUGGUCAGUGUUCUCUGCCUGCAAUAAUCUUGUAAUCAUACUAUAGUCAUUAAUCAGCUAUUUAAUGAAAUCUGCAGACAUAGUGAUUCUUAUCGUUU